AGAAUGGGGCUGUUAAGAUUUAAGGAACUUGAACCUACAGACAGUCCACCUAAAACCUAGCCAUCCAUAUCACCCGUCACGGUUCAUGCGCACACAUCGCCUCCCACCGACCGACUUCUCUUCUCAGCUCGAUCAUCUCCUGCGAAAAAAAUCCUACCUACAUACAUGGCAUACUUACCAGCCCGACCAUACCCACCACCUCUUGGGAACCAUCAAAUUCUCAGUAUACUUUGUCCCUCCAAGCCCACCCGCGCACAAACCCACCCGGACAUGGGGAUCCUGAUUUCCGAACCAUCUAGUCCCGCUCAUCAGUGCACGGACUUCG